AUGUCAGAAGACGCAGGCCCAUCCACUCUAGGCAAAAGAUCAAGAAAUGGAGUAUCUCCAGAUGGUCAAGACGUGAAGACUGACAAUGCGGUACCUGAGAUGCCAGCUGCCGAUGUUGAUGAUUCCUCAGAUGAAGAGAUAGGUCCCAUGCCUGGAGGAGGGGGUGACGUGGUAGUUAGUAAUGGACGAAAGAAGAAGAGGGCAGUCUUGCCUCAUGAGAAGUUGUACUUGGCUUCACUUCCUGAUACAGAUAGAUACUACAAGUCUUUCAUGCACAGAGAACCAUUAAAUACGGUAACUAUGACUCGGACGAACUUCGUUAUAACAACAUCGAUCGAUGGUCAUUUGAAGUUAUGGAAAAAGCAAGAACAAGGAAUAGAAUUCGUAAAGCAUUAUAGAGCGUCCCUGAAAACUAUAGUGGGAACUUCUGCAAGUGAUGAUGGGAAAUUAUUCGCUACCGUCUCAGAAGGUGGGGAAGGUAGAGUAUUUGAUGUGGUUAAUUUUGACAUGAUCAAUAUCUUGAAAUUCCCAUUUACACCCAAAGCAUGUUGUUGGAUCCAUCAACCAGGAGCUGGUCAGGCCCUGUUAGCUGUAUCCGAGGUGAACACUCCGACAAUAAGGAUAUACGAUGGAAGGGGUGAUGGGACUCCGUUAUAUACUUUGGAGAAGAUACAUAGAGCACCUGUUCAUCUCAUGGUUUACACCGCCAAAUACGAUUGUGUAGUUUCAGCGGACGAAGAUGGUUUCGUAGAAUAUUGGCAACCCAGUGAACCAUGGGGUUUACCCUCAGUACCUGGUUUAUGGGAAUAUAAAUCCUCUACCGAUUUAUUCCAUUUCAAAAAGACCAAAACACUUCCAACUUCAUUAACGUUCUCUCCUAAUUCAUCUCAUUUCGUUACUCUCGCCUUACCAUCCCGUUCGGUGCACAUUUUCAACUUCCUCACCGGCAAACUGACAAGGACGUAUGAUGAGUCAUUGACAGCUGUAGUGGAGAUGCAACAGGCCGGAACGGCGGUGUUCAAAUUGGAUGAUAUGGAUUUCGGACGACGUCUGGCAGUUGAAAGAGAAUUAGAUAGGAGUGAGAGUGGUCCAGGAGGGAUGUUGAGGACUGCUAAUGCGGUUUGGGAUGAGAGUGGGAAUUUCGUUCUGUAUCCCACUAUGUUGGGUAUAAAAGUGGUGAAUACGGUCACCAACAAAGUCGCUCGAGUGCUAGGUAAAGAUGAGACGCUGCGAUUCUUGAAUUUGGCGUUGUAUCAAGGUGCCCCAGCCAAGAAGGGAUUAACGACAGUUCAAAUGGCAGCAUCUGCCAAUCCUCUCUUACAAGAGAAAGGAUCAAGGGAUCCUCAUCUGUUCGCUACGGCUUAUAAGAAACAGAGGUUUUACCUUUUCGCACAGAGUGAUAAAGAGGAGAGUAAAGGCGAUAGGGAUGUGUUUAACGAAAGACCAACAAGGGAAGAACAAACCGUUGCUAUACCUUCUGCACCUGAGAAACAGAGAGUAUCAGCCACUAGAUGUACGAUACAUACUACCAAGGGUGAUAUCACGUUGCAACUAUUCCCUGAUAUCGCACCGAAGACGGUGGAGAAUUUCGUUACUCAUGCUAGGAAUGGUUAUUAUAAUGGAACGAUCUUCCAUCGAGUCAUCAAGAAAUUCAUGAUUCAAGGUGGUGAUCCCUUAGGCGACGGAACAGGUGGUGAAUCCAUCUGGGGAGGUACUUUUGAAGAUGAAAUAUCACCUAAAGCUCGUCAUGAUAGACCAUUCACACUUUCGAUGGCCAAUGCAGGUCCCGGAACGAACGGGUCUCAAUUCUUCAUUACAACUGUGCCGUGUCAAUGGUUAGACGGUAAACAUACGGUAUUCGGCCGAGCUGUCGGAGGUUUGGAUAUUAUAACUGAUAUAGAGGAUGUAAGGGUCGAUAAGAAUGAUAGACCAUUUGAUGAGAUUAGUAUGUCGAGUAUUACCGUUGAGUGA